AUGAAGGCAGAGAGCGGUCUCAGUCUGACCGGAGUAGGGGAAUUCAGCGGCAAGACUAUCACCAAAUGCAAUAUAUUCCUCGAGAAAGCACAAGCAGCAGCAGCAGCAGCAACAGAAACAUCCACCUCUCAAGCUGCUGCUAAUGGCAACGAGCAUCAACCUAUGGAAGUUGAAGUUGAUGGAGAAAAACAGAAAGCACAAGCAGCAGCAAAAGCAUCCACUGACUUCUUCUUCAUCUCUUUCUAUUGA